AUGUUCACUCAAGCACUCCGAGCAUCGCGCUCCUCGAUUGCCCGCGUUGUACGGCAGCAAGCUGCCGGGACAGUUGCAAAGCGUACUUUCGUCUCGACUACCGUUCGUCAAGCGGAUCUCGUCCAAGAUCUCUACCUCCGCGAACUGAGAGCAUAUAAAUCGCCUACCGUCAAGCCAUCUGAUGCAGAGGGCCACGUCCAAAACUUUGUUGCGCCAAAACCUCCCACGUCGCCCGAAGAAUCCGACAUCGCAAAUGAGUUGAAGUCUUACGAAGCCUCGACUGUAGACAUCGAGGGACAAGCAGAGGGUGGCGCGGUUGAGGCCCAAGAGUUUGAUUGGUUUGAGGAGGAGCCUGAGGAGGAGGCACGCCAUUAG